GCUCUUCUAUAAAAUAAAAUAGCACUAUUCUUUGUUUCCUUCAAUAAUCAUCAAAGCUAAACAGAUUUUCAUUGUUGAAACAAAAUUCUUGGAGUUAAUUAAUGGAGUUAAAUGAAGCAAUUUUGUAUGUUAAUGGAGUUCGUCGAGUGUUGCCUGAUUGCUUAGCCCAUUUGACACUUCUUGAGUAUCUUAGAGAGAUAGGCCUGACAGGUACCAAGCUAGGCUGUGGUCAAGGUGGCUGUGGGGCGUGCACUGUCAUGAUUUCUUAUUUUGAUCAGAAUUCGAAGAAAUGCGUGCACCAUGCAAUAAAUGCAUGCUUGGCUCCUCUAUAUUCUGUGGAAGGGAUGCAUGUCAUCACAGUGGAGGGAAUCGGGAGCAGCAAAGCUGGAUUGCAUCCAAUUCAGGAAUCAUUGGCUCACUCGCAUGGCUCACAAUGUGGAUUCUGUACUCCUGGUUUCGUGAUGUCCAUGUAUGCAUUGCUACGAUCUUCUAAAGAACCGCCUACAGAAGAGCAAAUUGAAGAAAAUCUUGCAGGAAAUUUAUGUCGAUGUACUGGUUAUAGGCCAAUUAUUGACGCAUUUCGAGUAUUCGCAAAAACUAACAAUGCGUUAUACUCCAACACAUCUUUACAAGGCGUUAGUACUGGUGAGUUUAUCUGUCCUUCAACGGGUAAGCCUUGUUCAUGUGGGCCGCAGGCUGGAAGUAGUGAAGAAGAAAUCAUUGAGAAAAACUUAAGCAAUGGCUGUGGCUGGAAGCCAUUUCACAAUGAGACUGAUGGAACCACAUACACCAGCAAAGAACUUAUUUUCCCUCCUGAACUUUUAUUAAGGAAAUUGGCUUAUUUAAGUUUGAGUGGAUCAAAUGGACUAAAGUGGCACAGGCCUUUAAAACUUCAACAUGUGUUGGAUCUAAAAGCAAGAUUUCCAGAUGCCAAGUUAGUUGUUGGAAAUUUAGAGGUGGGAAUUGAAGUCAGGCUUAAAAGAAUUCACUGUCCUGUAUUAAUAUCUGUUGCACAUGUUCCUGAACUUAACCAUAUAAGAGUUGAGGAUUGCGGCUUAGAAAUAGGUGCUGCAGUGAAAUUGUCACUGCUCGUGGAUGUAUUAAAGAAGGUAAGAGAUGAGCGUCCUGAGUAUGACACAUCAUCAUGUCGAGCUUUCAUUGACCAGAUAAAGUGGUUUGGUGGAACACAAAUACGGAACGUUGCAUCGGUUGGUGGUAAUAUCUGCACCGCAAGCCCAAUAUCAGAUUUGAACCCUCUUUGGAUAGCAGCAGGAGCAAAGUUUUGUAUAAUGGACUGCAAAGGAAAUGUCAGAACAUGUUUGGCUAAAAAUUUCUUCAAGGGCAAUUCUAAAGUGGAUCUCAGAAGUAGUGAAAUUUUACUGUCAAUAUCAUUGCCUUGGAAUAGGCCAUUUGAAUUUGUGAAAGAAUUUAAGCAAUCGCAUAGGAGAGAUGAUGAUUUUGCCAUCGUCAAUUCUGGGAUGCGUGUCUGCCUUGAAGAGAAGCACCGGAAAUGGGUAGUUUCAGAUGCUUUGAUUGUGUAUGGUGGGGUUGCUCCAUUUUCAUUUGUUGCAUCAAAAACUAGUCAUUUUUUAGUCGGCAAAAAUUGGAACAAGGAGCUGUUGCAUGGUGCUUUGAAAAUUUUAGAGGAGGAAAUUGUGCUGAAGGAAGAUGCACCUGGUGGGAUGGUUGAAUUCCGAAAAUCAUUAACGUUUAGUUUCUUCUUCAAAUUUUUCUUGUGGGUUUGUCAUCAAAUGGAUGGACAACCAUCAUUUAUUGAGAAAGUUCCAGCUUCACAUAUUUCAGCUGUAGAUUCAUCACUUCGACAAUCCAUUAAUUCAAUUCAGGAUUUUGAGAUUAAGAAGCAGGGUACUUCUGUGGGUUCUCCUGAGGCUCAUCUUUCAUCAAGGCUUCAGGUAUCUGGAGAGGCAGAAUAUACUGAUGAUGGGCCAACACCACCCAAUUGUUUGCAUGCUGCUUUGGUAUUGAGUUAAAAACCUCAUGCUCGUAUACUUUCAAUAGACGAUUCGGGUGCCAAGUCCUCUCCUGGAUUUGCUGGAAUCUUUUUGGCUAAAGACGUACCUAGUAACAACAAAAUUGGAGCAGUUGUUGCUGAUGAAGAAGUUUUUGCCACCGAGUUUGUCACUUGUGUGGGUCAGGUUAUCGGAGUUGUUGUAGCUGACACACAUGAAAAUGCAAAACUUGCUGCUAGAAAGGUUCAAGCUGAGUAUGAAGAGCUACCUGCAGUUUUAUCAAUAGAAGAUGCUAUACAGGCUAACAGUUAUCAUCCUAAUGCGGAAAGGUGUCUGAAUAUGGGUGAUGUUGAACAAUGUUUUCAAUCAGGUCAAUGUGACCAUAUUAUAGAAGGAGAAGUUAGGGUAGGUGGUCAGGAACAUUUUUAUUUGGAGCCUCAUGGCACUUUAAUAUGGACAGUGGAUAGUGGCAAUGAGGUGCACAUGAUCUCAUCUACCCAGGCUCCUCAGAAGCACCAGGAGUGUGUCUCUCACGUUCUUGGUCUUCCGAUGUCAAAAGUGGUUUGCAAGACUAAAAGGAUAGGUGGUGGAUUUGGAGGCAAGGAGACUAGAUCUGCUUUCCUUGCUGCUGCAGCUGCUGUUCCAUCAUACCUAUUGGAUCGUCCAGUGAAACUCAUUCUGGAUAGGGAUAUAGACAUGAUGAUAACUGGGCAGCGACAUAGCUUUCUUGGAAAGUACAAGGUUGGUUUUACAAAUGAUGGGAAGGUGCUUGCCUUUGAUCUUCGUAUCUACAAUAAUGGUGGAAAUUCGUUAGAUCUAUCACUUACUGUACUUGAAGGUGCUAUGCUCCAAGCGAACAAUGCAUAUGACAUACCAAAUAUGAGGGUUUAUGGAAAUGUCUGCUUCACCAAUCUUCCUAGUAAUACAGCUUUUAGAGGAUUUGGGGCCCCACAGGUUAUGCUAAUGGUGGAGAAUUGGAUAGAGAGGAUUGGCAUGCAAGUUAACAAAAUCCCAGAAGAAAUAAGGGAAAUGAAUUUCGUAAGUAAAGGAUCGGUCUUAUAUUAUGGUCAGAAAGUUGAAGACUGCACCUUAGGGAGACUCUGGAAUGAACUGAAAUCUUCUUGUGACUUCAUUAAUGCUCAAAAAGAAGUUGAAAAUUUCAAUCGCCAUAAUCGAUGGAAAAAGCGAGGUAUUGCCAUGGUGCCAACCAACCUUGGGAUAUCUUUCACUACGAAGUUUCUUAACCAGGGAGGUGCUCUUGUUCAAGUUUACACAGAUGGAACUGUGUUAGUCACUCAUGGGGGUGUGGAGAUGGGCCAAGGUUUGCAUACAAAGCUUGCCCAGAUUGCUGCAUCUUCCUUCAAUAUCCCUCUAAAUGCAGUGUUCAUUUCAGAGACGAGUACUGACAAGGUUCCAAAUGCCUCGGCAACAGCUGCUUCUGUAAGUUCUGACCUGUAUGGAGCUGCAGUACUGGAUGCAUGUAAGCAACUAAAAGCACGGAUGGAACCUAUUGCAUCCAAGAAUAACUUCAGCUCUUUUGCAGAGCUUGUCAGUGCGUGCUACAUGGAGAGAAUAGACCUUUCUGCUCAUGGGUUCUUCGUUACACCUGACAUUGGCUUUGAUUGGGAAUCUGGAAAAGGCAAUGUAUUUAGGUACUACACCAGUGGUGCUGCAUUUUCCGAAGUUGAAAUCGACACAUUGACAGGCGAUUUCCAUACUAGGAGAUCAGAUGUUCUUGUAGAUGUUGGAUUCUCCCUCAAUCCAGCGAUUGAUGUUGGACAGAUAGAAGGAGGUUUUCUACAGGGUCUGGGAUGGGUAGCACUGGAAGAGCUGAAAUGGGGCGAUAAAUCACACAAGUGGAUUCCACCUGGAUACUUAUUCACAUCUGGACCUGGAAGUUACAAGCUUCCAUCUUUGAAUGAUGUGCCUUCCAUAUUUAAUGUCUCUCUUUUGAAAAAUGCCCCAAACCCCAAGGCUAUCCAUUUUUCUAGAGCAGUAGGGGAACCACCCUUCUUUCUUGCCUCAUCUGUCUUUUUCGCCAUCAAGAAUGCCAUAAAAUCUGCAAGGAUGGAAGCUGGUUACAACGACUGGUUCCCUCUUGAUAAUCCAGCCACUCCAGAGCGUAUUCGAAUGGCUUGCUCCGAUGAAUUUACACAAUUACUUGUGGAUUCUAAUUUUCGCCCAAAGCUAAGUGUUUGAUGGUUGUACUGUACUGAAUAAGUGAAGCAGUUCUUAGAGCUUCAUAUGAUGCCUUCUUUACAUUUUCCUGUAACAUUAUGUAACACUUUAUAAUAAUGUGUAACUUUGAAGCUUUGAUUUUUAAUUUGAGUUUUCUAAAAUCAUUAUUUGUUU